CAAUUAGCAAUGCCUGGGAUUCCUCCAGCUGCUGUUCCAUGCUGUUUUGUGAGGACGGAACAAUAGAGGACUAAUCCUUGACUGCGACUCACUGCUAUCAUGUUGCCGCCUCCAAGCAGAGCAGGAGACUUCCUGCUGGACCACUCAUACUGCAUGAGCAACCAGGUGAAGUGGCCCCUCUACCUCUCCCUGGCUCUCCUCUGGUUGCCCGUGGCCACAGGGUCCACCCUCAACUGUCACAAGACCUGCAUCUGCGCCAGCAACAUUGUGAGCUGCUCUAAAAUGAACCUGACCACCGUUCCUCGAGGGCUUCCUCUCUACAUGGCCGUGCUGGACCUGAGCUAUAACGACAUUGCUCGCCUGCGGGCAGACUGGACCACAAUCAAGCUGGUGAAGCUCCACAACCUCCUGCUCAGUCACAACGGCCUCCACUUCCUGUCCUCUGAGGCGUUCCUGUACGUCAAGCAGCUGCGCUACUUGGACCUCUCCUCCAACAACCUCCACCAGUUGGACGAGUUCAUCUUUGAGCCUCUGGUGAAGUUGGAGGUGCUUCUCCUUUACAACAACCACAUAGUCCAGAUAGAUCGUACAGCCCUCACAGGCCUGCUGAGCCUGCAGAAGCUCUACCUGAGCCAGAACCAGAUCUCACGCUUCCCCCUGGAGCUAGUCAAGGACAAAAGCCGUCUGGAGAAACUCAGCCUUCUGGACGUGUCAUCCAACAGGAUCAAGGUCCUCCCCAUUGAGGAGUUGCAAGUACUGCCUGCCUGGAUCAAGAACGGACUCUACUUCCAUAAUAACCCCUUGUUGUGUAGCUGUGACCUAUACAGCCUGCUGGCCCACUGGCACAUCCGCAGGCUCAACUCAGUCCUGGACUUUAAGGACGACUACACCUGCAUCCUGCCGGACUCUCAGAAAACCAGCGUGCGAGCGUUUGACCUCAAUGGAGACUGGAUGAACUGCAGCACCUUCAGCGAGACAGAGCAGGAGACCUAUCUGGAACAGACCCUGCUUCUCAGCUGCGACACCAAGACCAGGUACAUGUCCAAGACCUGGAUGUUGCCCGGCAACGUGGUGGUGUCGCCCGGGGCCAAUCUAAGCGCCAAGGUCCUCCCGGAUGGCAGUCUCAAGAUCAGCCCGAUACGGCCCGAUGACGGGGGGACGUACACAUGCUUUGCGGUGAGCGAGGUCCUCAACGAGACCAUCUACGUGCAGGUGAAGGUGUACAACUUCACGCUGAACGGGGGCGGCGAGAAUCUAAACACGGCCUACACCACCUUGGUGGGUUGCCUGGCAAGUGUGGUGCUGGUUAUCAUCUACCUGUACCUGACGCCCUGCCGAUGUUUCUGCUGCCCUGGCAAGGGCAAGAACCACCGGGAGGACAGCAUCCACUCAUCGAUGCUCAGUGCCACACCUACCCACGACGACCCCGCCCACAAGGCUGACCUGAACAGGCACGUUGCUUUCAUAGACCCAAAGGACCUGCAGGGCCAGAACGGCAACGUCAACCCCAACGGGGAGGAUGAGGAAAUGGAUGAGGAGGCCGGUAUGUUGGGGAAGGGUAGGAGAAAGAAGUCAGUGGCAGAGUCUAUCAGCUCGGUGUUCUCAGACACCCCCAUGGUGGUCUGAGAUGGUACAGGCCUAAUGAAGUGUGGGACACGUGAACACGCAACUUACCUGGUGCAAUUUCAACCAUAUGCCGACAAAGCUAAACUGUGAUUUUCUGGAAGUGGAGAUGAUGGACAGAAAGCCGUUUCCUUCUACAGACCAUUACCCUGAGAAGUCAGAGGCUUAAAGGGGAAUAUUAACCCAGUUGCCUUGGUAAUUAACAAGGACAAUAUACAUACCUUUCCAGCAUUUUAAUCUGUAGCACAUACGUAUACAUACUGUGAAUGCCUGUCAGUAAGUGGGCUGUAUUCCCAUGAUAAGUGUGAUAAGUGAUAAGCUUUACCUUUGGUAUUACACUUACUCUACUCACCAAGAGACGUGUUGAUUGGUGGAAAAACAGGAAGCACUUGAUAAUGAGUUUAGCAAAGAAAGUAGAAAAUAUAAUCCAGUCAUUAGCAUGAGCCUUGUAGACUCAUAUUUAGAUGUAAAACUACAGUGAAUCUUUUGUAGUUCUCAGCACAUACUAUCGGUGUAGACCACUUCACUCCUGUCCAGACACAUAGAGACAUGAUGACAUCGCCAGGUUAGGAGUAGUUAUAAUCGGUGAGUCAUGUAGAGCAGAAAGGCAUGCCAUGAACACACAUCAUUUUCAGACGCAUACAGAGUGGGAAAGAUGAAAAUGUAGCACAUAUAGAUAUACGUGUGUGGCUUAACCCUCUUGUGCUGUCUUCGGGUCACAUGACCCAAAGGUUC